UUCCUUCACUGCUGCAGCUUCCAUCCCACACACAGCUCUUAAGCACAAAACAACAACAAACAACCAAGAGACCAACACAGCUUUCCUUCUUCCUCAUUCCUGAGCUCUCUCUAAUGGCUGAAAGUAACCCCUAAAGAGUUCUUUCUCUCAAAGCUCCAAGCUUUAAGGCUUCUUAACUAAGUUCUCUAUGGCUAGCGUUACAACUUUCUCCUUCUUGUUUCUUUUACUUCUUUCUCAGAGUUCUCUUUCUUCUUCUUCUUCAACUUCUGCAAAAAACCCGGAUGCUCAACAGUUGAUCAACUUCAAACUUGCUCUACCAGACCCUUCUGUGCUGAAAAACUGGCAAUUAGACCAGAACCCAUGUAGCUUCGAUGGUGUAAAAUGUAAUGAAACAAGAGUUUCUUCGAUAGACCUUACUUCUCUUCAUUUGAACACCGAUUUUCAUCUUGUUGCUUCUUAUCUUUUGACUCUUGAAAAUCUCCAAACUCUGUUUCUGCAAAACACCAAUCUUUCAGGCACCAUUAUUCUCCCUCCUGGAUCUAAGUGCAGCUCAUAUUUGACCUCCAUAGAUCUGUCUCACAACAGCUUAUCCGGGUCGCUGUCCCUUUUGUCCAACUGGGCUUCUUGUUCAAGCUUGAAAGGUCUCAAUCUCUCAAGUAAUCUUCUUGCUUUUUCAGGAAAAGAGUCUGGUGGGUUGAAACUCAGUUUGGAGUCUCUUGAUCUUUCUUAUAAUAAUCAGAUUUCAGGCCCCAAUGUUAUUCCAUGGAUUGUCUACAAUGGUUGUGAGGACUUAAAGUUGCUAGCUUUGAAGGGCAACAAAGUGACAGGAGAGAUAAAUGUAUCAAAGUGCAAGAAUAUAAAGUUCUUGGAUGUUUCUGCAAACAAUAUCUCAAUGCCUAUGCCUGCUUUUGGUGAUUGUUUAGCCUUGGAGCAUCUUGAUAUCUCGGCUAAUAAGUUCAAUUUUGAUAUUGCUCAUGCAAUCUCAGCUUGUGAAAAGCUCACUUUCUUGAACAUUUCUAGCAACCAAUUUGGAGGCCAAGUUCCUGUGCUCUCUUCAGCUGAAAAUUUGCAGUAUUUUCUCCUGGGAAACAAUUUUUUUCAAGGGGAGAUUCCUCUGCAACUAGCUCAUUCUUGUUCAAGUCUUGUCAAGCUCGAUCUUUCUUCUAAUAAUUUGUCUGGUACGGUUCCAAGCAGCUUCAGCUCUUGCUCUUCAUUGGCCUCUCUUGAUAUUUCUAAUAACAAAUUCUCAGGUGAAUUGCCUGUGGACACUUUCUUGCAAAUGAGUAGCUUGAAGGAGCUUGUUUUAUCCUUUAAUGAUUUCACUGGUGUUCUGCCUGAUUCUUUGUCAAAACUCACCAACUUGGAGACUUUGGAUCUGAGUUCAAAUAAUUUCUCAGAUUCUAUUCCUGCUAAUUUGUGUCAGGAUCCUGGAAAUAGCUUGAAAGAGUUGUAUCUUGCUAACAAUUUGCUUACUGGUUUCAUUCCUCCAACCCUUAGUAACUGUUCACAGCUUGUUUCUCUCCAUUUGAGCUUCAAUCGUCUCUCUGGAACUAUCCCUUCAAGCUUGGGCUCUCUGUCCAAGCUUCAGGAUUUGAAGCUGUGGUUGAAUAAUCUCCAUGGGGAGAUUCCACAGGAGCUUGGUAACAUUCAAACAUUGCAGACAUUGAUUCUUGACUUCAACCAGUUGUCUGGACCCAUCCCUUCUGGUUUAAGCAACUGCACCAAUUUAACUUGGAUCUCAUUGUCGAAUAACCAGCUGAGCGGUGAGAUUCCCCGUUGGAUUGGCAAGCUUUCGAACCUCGCGAUUCUCAAGCUCAGUAACAACUCCUUUUUUGGUAGCAUCCCACCUGAGCUUGGUGAUUGUAGGAGCCUAAUUUGGUUGGAUCUUAAUACCAAUAACUUGAAUGGAUCCAUCCCUCCUGCAUUGUUCAAACAGUCGGGUAAAAUCGCGGUGAAUUUCAUUGCAGGAAAGAAGUAUGUUUACAUUAAGAAUGAUGGUAGUAAGGAGUGCCAUGGAGCAGGAAAUUUGCUUGAGUUUGCAGGAAUUAGACAGGAGCAGUUGAACAGAAUUUCAAUCAAGAACCCCUGUAACUUCACUAGAGUGUAUAAAGGGCUCACCCAGCCCACAUUUAACAACAAUGGAUCAAUGAUGUUUUUCGAUAUUUCAUACAAUAAGCUGUCAGGAACCAUUCCGAAGGAGAUUGGCACCAUGUCAACUCUCUAUAUCUUGAAUUUGGGGCACAACAGUUUCUCGGGUUCUAUUCCAUUGGAGCUGGGAGACCUAACGCUUCUUAACAUUCUUGACCUCUCGAGCAAUGAUCUUGAAGGGACGAUUCCAACAUCGAUGAGUUCUCUUAGCUUUCUGGCAGAGGUUGAUCUGUCGAACAACCAUCUCACUGGAAUGAUUCCUGAAGGCGGACAGCUUGAAACUUUUCCACCUUCGAAAUUUAUCAACAAUUCAGGCCUUUGUGGAUUGCCUCUUUCUCCAUGUGGGAAAGAUCCUACAACAAGGGUGAAUUCUCAGCAUAAUAAGUCUGAUAGGACACCAGCUGCUCUUGUGCGCAGCAUUGCAAUGGGAUUGUUGUUCUCCCUGUUCUGCAUCUUUGGUUUGAUCAUAGUUGGUGUGGAAAUGAAGAAAAGGAGGAAAAAGAAAGAUUCAACUCUUGAUGUUUAUAUCGACAGUCGAUCACAUUCUGGCACUGCAAACACCAGUUGGAAGCUAACCGGAGCUCGCGAAGCAUUAAGCAUUAACCUUGCUACAUUUGAGAAGCCCCUAAGAAAGCUUACCUUUGCAGAUCUUCUUGAAGCCACCAAUGGCUUCCACAAUGACAGUCUUAUAGGUUCUGGUGGUUUUGGCGAUGUCUAUAAGGCUCAACUGAAAGAUGGAAGCAUUGUUGCAAUCAAGAAACUGAUACAUAUCAGUGGACAAGGUGAUCGAGAAUUCACAGCAGAAAUGGAAACCAUUGGGAAAAUCAAGCAUCGGAACCUUGUACCUCUUUUGGGCUAUUGCAAGGUAGGUGAAGAGCGGCUUCUAGUUUACGAGUACAUGAGGUAUGGAAGUUUAGAAGAUGUUUUACAUGAUCAGAAGAGAGCUGGGAUCAAGCUAAACUGGGCUGCAAGGAGGAAAAUUGCAAUUGGAGCUGCAAGAGGGUUAGCUUUUCUUCACCACAAUUGCACCCCACACAUUAUACACAGGGACAUGAAAUCGAGCAAUGUCCUGCUCGAUGAACACCUUGAAGCCAGAGUGUCGGAUUUUGGAAUGGCUAGACUUAUGAGUGCAGUCGAUACACAUCUGAGUGUCAGCACACUAGCGGGCACACCUGGUUAUGUGCCUCCUGAAUACUACCAGAGCUUUAGAUGUUCAACGAAAGGCGAUGUUUACAGUUAUGGUGUAGUGUUGCUGGAGUUGCUAACAGGAAAAAGGCCAACAGAUUCAGCAGAUUUUGGUGACAAUAACCUUGUAGGAUGGGUGAAGCAGCAUGCAAAACUCAAAAUAAGCAACGUUUUCGACCCAGAACUCAUGAAAGAGGAUUCAAGCCUUGAGAUUGAGCUUCUGCAACACUUGCAUGUAGCGUGUGCAUGCUUAGACGAUCGACCAUGGAAACGACCAACAAUGAUUCAGGUUAUGGCAAUGUUCAAGGAGAUUCAAGCUGGUUCUGGGCUUGAUUCGCAAUCUACCAUUGCCACUGAUGAUGGAGGUUUCACUAGUACAGUCGAAAUGGUUAAUAUGACCAUAAGCGAAGCCCCCGAACUAAGCAACAAGGCAUAGAACAACAAACCCACAUUCGAAUCGAAUUUGACCAGUUUUCGACUAGAAUUCUUUGAAACAAAGAAAGAGGGUGUAUGGUAAUGAUCCCAUUCAGCUGCCUAAAGAAUUUUCCCUCUUCUUUCCCACUUGAAAAAAAACUCAAAAAUGUGGCAGGAAAAAAUUUGCCUUUGUAUCUUUACCAGUUUAAUGUAUGUAUCUCUUGUAUCCCUUUUAAAAUUCUUGUUAUUUAUACAUAAAAAGGCUGUUCAUCUUUGCUAGAAAAUGUGUAAAUAUACAAUGCCAAUUUGUUUUCCUAAGUUGGUUUCUUGAUUAGAUUUUGAUUUGUGACUUGAAGUCAUCAAUUGUGACCAA